UCAUCAUCAUCAUCAUCAUCAUCAUCAUCAUCAUCAUCAUCAUCAUCAUCAUCAUCAUCAUCAUCAUCAUCAUCAUCAUCAUCAUCAUCAUCAUCAUCAUCAUCAUCAUCAUCAUCAUCAUCAUCAUCAUCAUCAUCAUCAUCAUCAUCAUCAUCAUCAUCAUCAUCAUCAUCAUCAUCAUCAUCAUCAUCAUCAUCAUCAUCAUCAUCAUCAUCAUCAUCAUCAUCAUCAUCAUCAUCAUCAUCAUCAUCAUCAUCAUCGUCAUCAUCAUCAUGA